UAGGCCUUGGAGGAGCUGUGGUUGUAACACUCUACAAGAUGGGUUUUCCGGAAGCCACCAGUUCGUUUAGAACUCAUCAAAUUGAAGCGGCUCCAACCAACUCUGCAAGUGAUGGAUUUAAGGCAAAUCUUGUCUUUAAGGAGAUUGAGAAGAAACUUGAAGAGGAAGGGGAACAGUUUGUGAAGAAAAUCGGUGGUAUUUUUGCCUUCAAGGUGAAAGAUGGCCCUGGGGGUAAAGAGGCCACCUGGGUGGUGGAUGUGAAGAAUGGCAAAGGAUCAGUACUUCCUAACUCAGAUAAGAAGGCUGACUGCACAAUCACAAUGGCUGACUCAGACUUCCUGGCUUUAAUGACUGGUAAAAUGAAUCCUCAGUCGGCCUUCUUUCAAGGGAAAUUGAAAAUCACUGGCAACAUGGGUCUGGCUAUGAAGUUACAGAAUCUUCAGCUUCAGCCAGGCAACGCUAAGCUCUAAGGAACUCCCUUUGGCUACUUUGAAAAUCAAGAUGAGAUAUAUAGAUAUAUAUCCAUACAUUUCAUUGUCAGAAUUUAGACUGAAACUACACAUUGGCAAAUAGUGUGGGAUAGAUUUGUUUUUAAAUGGGUGUGACCAAUCCUGUUUUUCCUAUGCUCUGGGUGAAUAGAGCCUGAUGGUAGACUACUGCUUUGCGGAAUUGCAUACAACUGUGCAUUACAAAGUUAAUAUGGUAAUUAUGGUCUGGGGUAAAAUUGAGUUUC